AUGAGUAGGAGCUGGAGCUGGUUAACAGUUCACAUGAAGUUAAUUGUACCCGAACAAAAUGGUUUGUCAUUAUUAGCACCAACCAGUACCGUAACUAGUUUCACUGCAGCGAAUCAUGAAUAUCCUAUGCUAAAGAAUAUUGCAGCUGAAACGACUGAUAUUGUUGGUGCUACUGUAUCAAAACAAAGUUCAGGUUUGAAACGUUCUGCUGAAGAAAAUGUUGUUUACUUGAAACAUGCUGCUGUUAUAUUAUAUGUUAUUACACUUGCAUUCUUACCUUUUAGGUAUUGA